AUGGGGCCCCCAGUAAGUUCCCACGAAGAAGCCUGGGCCCUGCUGAGUCUUUUCCUUCCAUUCCCUUUCCCAGGAGCCCUGGCUGUGGCCAGGGGGCAGUGGGCCAUGCCGGGGGCAGUGGAAGGCCCCAGCUGGAAGCAGGCGGAGGACAUUGGGGACAUUUACGACUUCCGUGAUGUUCUGGGAACAGGGGCCUUCUCGGAGGUAAUCCUGGCAGAAGAUAAGAGGACUCAGAAGCUGGUGGCCAUCAAAUGUAUCGCCAAGAAGGUUCUGGAGGGCAAGGAGGGCAGCAUGCAGAAUGAGAUUGCUGUCCUGCACAAGAUCAAGCACCCCAACAUUGUAGCCCUGGAUGACAUCUAUGAAAGUGGGGGACACCUCUAUCUCAUCAUGCAGCUGGUGUCAGGUGGGGAGCUGUUUGACCGAAUUGUGGAAAAAGGCUUUUACACAGAGCGGGACGCCAGCCGCCUCAUCUUCCAGGUGCUGGAUGCCGUCAAGUACCUGCACGACCUGGGCAUCGUACACCGAGACCUCAAGCCAGAGAAUCUGCUGUACUACAGCCUGGAUGAAGACUCCAAGAUCAUGAUCUCCGACUUUGGCCUCUCCAAGAUGGAAGACCCCGGCAGCGUGCUCUCCACAGCCUGCGGGACCCCAGGAUACGUGGCCCCUGAAGUGCUGGCCCAGAAGCCCUACAGCAAGGCAGUGGAUUGCUGGUCCAUUGGGGUCAUCGCCUAUAUCCUGCUCUGUGGUUAUCCCCCCUUCUAUGACGAGAACGAUGCCAAACUCUUUGAACAGAUUUUGAAGGCCGAGUACGAGUUUGACUCUCCUUAUUGGGACGACAUCUCUGACUCUGCCAAAGACUUCAUCCAGCACUUGAUGGAGAAGGAUCCAGAGAAGAGGUUCACCUGUGAACAGGCCUUGCAGCACCCCUGGAUUGCAGGAGAUACAGCUCUAGAUAAGAAUAUUCACCAGUCGGUGAGCGAGCAGAUCAAGAAGAACUUUGCCAAGAGCAAGUGGAAGCAAGCCUUCAAUGCCACGGCCGUGGUGCGGCACAUGAGGAAGCUACAGCUGGGCACCAGCCAGGAGGGGCAGGGACAGACGGCGAGCCACGGGGAGCUGCUGGCCCCAGCAGCUGGGGGGCCGGUGGCCAGCUGCUGCUGUCGAGACUGCUGCGUGGAGCCGGGCCCGGAACUGUCUCCCACACUGGCCCCCCAGCUCUAGGGGCCUGGAUCCCCCGUGUAGGAGGGGUUGGGGGCAGCCUGCUCCCCCCCUCCCUGAACUGGGGAGUUACCCUGCUCCACCCGCUCCGCACCCCUUUCCCUACAGCCCCUCCACUGCAUUUUCCAUACAAAUGUUUCUAUUUUAUUGUUCCUUCUUAUAAUAAAGGGAAGAGGUUAAAACCA